AUGAAUGUUAUAUUUAACAUGUAUCGAAGAAGAGCUGCAGUAACACAUAAAUUGUUAAUCAAAAGAAUCAACAAUAAUCCAGUUUUACCUAGGCUUCCGCUGAUACAAGAUAGUUUAAAACAUUGUUCGAUCACAAUUGCCUCUUCAAGUCAACAACAGAAUGAUAUUUUUGCAUUUAACAAAUUAUUGUAUGCUUGCGCAAUAUCUAAACAACCAGAUGAAGCUGAAAAAGUAAUAGAAAUGAUGAAGAAUGCCAAUGUAUUUCCUACACUCCACACGUACGAACAUCUUUUAAAUCUUUAUGCAAAUGUUGUUGGGUUUGAACCUACAUUACAUAGUUAUGCAAAUUUAACUAAAGCAUAUGCAUCGAACAAAAAAACGGUUGAUGCAUUUGAAGUAUUAAAUGAUUUAAAAAAUACAGGGAAUAUACCAAAUCAGUGUUGUGCUGAUACUGGUGAUUAUAAUCGAGCUUGGUCAAUAUUUGAACGUUUGUGUUCAGAGAUUGGUGAGCCUGAUAAACAAAAGGAUGCAGGAAAGGCGUUGCAAUUGUAUGACGAAAUGUUGGAGAAAAAAUUACAACCUACGAAUAUCACAUAUAAUUCAUUAAUUCAUGCUUUUAAUAUACCAAAACUUGGAAUAGAAUUAAAUGGUUGGAUGUUUUUAAUAUUAUUGUCUGGAUGUUAUCGACAUAAACAAUUGGAGAAAGCAUGGAAUCUAUGGAACAAUUGGAGUUGUUGGCAAGAAGCUGAAACUAGUAAGAUUUCAAAGAAAUUUGAUAAUGUUUAUCAACAAGAAAUUGAAUUAGAAAAGAUUGGACUUUCUAAGGAGUUAGAAUAUGAAAUUUAUAAAUUCAUGAUUAAUAUUUUAGCUAGAUGUAAUGAUAUUAAUACUAGUACAAUACUAUUGAAACAGUUAUCGAUAAGACAUGUAAUCAAAUUUCAAGAAAAUUGUAGAUUAUUAAUAGAUAGAAUUGAGGAAUCAAAACGUUUAUCAGAUUAUAACACUGCAAAAUUGUAUAGAGAAGAAGUGAUUAAAUUAAUAACAAAAAUACAUCCAAAGAAGAAAAAACCAUUACCGAAAUUACAAUCUAAAAAUGUACAAUAA